AUGGCCGCAGGCUCGUCAUCGUCCCGCUCAACGUCCACGGCCAACUCUGAUUCUUCACCAGUAGUUGCAUUGCAAGCAGGCAACCGAAGCACAGGUAGCACCGUCACCAGCAGUAAAUCCAGGAGUGCCAGCGGCAGCAGCUCCAGCAUCAGCAGUAGCGCAAACACCGGCAGCGCACCAGCAACCUCGGGAACCGCUUCAAAUACCACCUCCUCCCACUCCUCUUCCUCCACCGUCUCCGCCCUCGCCGGCAACACAAUCGCAAAGGCGAAUUCGAAUUCUGUCCGCGAUCCCGUUGCCAAGCCCACAUUCCCGGCGGCUUCAGGCUCCCAAACCCGACAACAGACGCACUUGAGCUCCCCGUCUGUUAGCUCCCAGCGCGCUGGUGGCAUUUUCGCACUCGCCGCCGCCGCUCUCGAUAAAACCUUGGCCGGCUUAGGAGAAGCUAGAAUCCGGCCACGCCAAUCAAACGGUCGUCUUUCUGCCGGCCCCGAGUCCACCGUUGGCGGUCCUCUGCUGCCCGGCCCGGACAAUCUCUCCCGCUCCAGGUCCGCUUCCAAGUCUUCUCCCGAGGACGGAAAGCACUUGGCCUCCUCGCUAGUGCCCCGGGAUCCCAAUCCCCCUGCUCAACCGUAUAGCGAAACCGAUCCGAACAGACCGCUGCCCGUACGCGUCGGCCGCGUUGAUAACAAGAUGCAUCAAACUUCCUCGAGACUGUUGCGCAUGACGGAUGACGAUCGCCCGUUCACAAAGGAUUUCAAAGAUCUCUUUUCGACGCUGAUCGUCUCCCUUCUUCCCCUCUCCGCCCAUCGCGUUCGUCUGACCAAGGUGGAACACACCUUCCUGUCUGAGGAUGCCAUCAACAACUUGGGCUCCCUCAAAUUCUCGCAGUCCAACCGCAUGCCGGAUCCUAAGGACCCUUCGCGCAUCGUGACCACUACGACCACAACAACCUUCUCAAUGGCCAAGGACAUGGCCCGUUCGAUAUGUCAAAGAUUCCUCGAGGCCAGGUUCAUCGAGUCUGCGGAUGGCAGAUACCAACAGGUAUACAGCAUGAAGGGGUCCGUAUGGCAGCUAACACCCAAGGGAAUCUCCAUUUUGGAUCGCUUCUGCAACAGAAACGGCAUUCAACAGAAGCAAGUCGCCGAGCUUAUCGGAAACUCGUUGCCUCAGAUAGUCAUUUUGGAGCGCAAUCCCCAAUCUGACAAGGUGCUCACCGACCACGCCCUAAUCGAAGUCAUCUUCCGCCGGUUUAUUGGUCCCAAUGGCUUCAACAUCAAGCAGAGCGUGAGCUCGGCGGACUCGGACUCUCUGAGUGACUACAGGGAUGGUCUGACGGGUGUCAAGAUGGCUGCGGAACGCAAGGUGAACGGCAGGACCUACCGAGACACAUUUACUGGAAAGGCUGCAACGGACUGGUUGAUGGACUGUUCGACCGCAGUGGACCGCAGGGAAACAAUCGAAAUCGCCUCCCUUUUCGUCGAGUAUGAGCUCAUGGAGGCCGUUCAGCAAGACAAGGCCCACAUGCAACAAAACCCCGGCCACCACCUAUUCCAACCCACCAAGCACGCCAUCUACCAGGUUACAGCCAAGGGCAGGGACCUUGUCAAUGGAUCCUUGGUUCGCGGACGGCCUUCUGAGAGCGAUGGCCACUCUGCCUCCCGCUCUGUUGGCAUCGCGCGUGACUCCAAUACCCAGCGCCUAGACAAGAUCCUCAACGAAAAUUCUUUGCGUCUGCUCUUCCGCGAGAACCUCCGUGAGACUCACUGCGAGGAGAACCUUGCCUUCUACUUGGAUACCGACGAAUUUGUCCGCCAAUGCAGAGCAGCGAUCGACCUUGCGCAAAGGAGCCCCAACAGCGCGGCUUCCUUGGAUGGAAUCAAGGAGAUCAUGGCCCAGGCCUACGGCAUCUACAAUGCUUUCUUGGCCCCUGGUUCUCCGUGCGAACUCAACAUUGAUCACCAGUUGCGUAACAACCUCGCGACACGUAUGACCAAGGCGGUGGGCCAGGACGUUACCAUGAUUGAUACGCUUCGAGAAGUCAUGGCGCUUUUUGAGGAUGCUCAGAACGCUGUUUUCAAGUUGAUGGCGAGCGACUCGGUCCCCAAAUUCCUUCGCAACCCGAAGUACGAGCAGACGCUCAGAAACUACGACUUCGAUUCGGUCACUCCCACUCAUGGCCAGGGGCGCGGGGUGGAGCGCAGCCAGAGCAGGUCGAACCGCACGUGA